AUGGGUUCUUCCCCUGACUUGCGGAAUCUUCCGGACUUCAAAGUUAUACCUAAAGGCUGGGAUGGCACGACUAGAGAUCCUGAUGAAGUGCACUAUGAGAUAUCAAUGAGGGAAGAUGAGAUGUUAUAUCAAGAGUUCGUCCAAAGAAUGAACUUUAACAAGAUGAAGAUGAAUAAGGAGGUGAAAUGUCACAAAUAUAGCCGAAGGAGUCCAUCUGAGGGCUGGAACAUGAUAGUUGAGAAAUUAGAAGCACGAGGAAAGCAGGGAGAUGGUGGUGGCUAG